GACAGCCAGCGGAGGGAGGGAGUGAGUGAGCGAGGCAGGCAGGCGGGCUGGGAAGGAGAGAGGGCGCGCGGGCGGCGGCGGCGUCGAGACCAGAGGACCAUCCGGGACGCGGCGCCGCGGCACCAGGGCGCGCAGACGGGCCGGCCCGACCCCACCGGCCACACGGACUCAGGCGUGCGUCCUCCCAAGCUCAAAUAGGAAAGUCAUGAGGCUGUUACCUGUGGGCUGGCGUCGCACCCGGGUCACAGGCAGAUGAUGAUCUGGGGUCUGUGCUUAGCACGCUUACCCAUGACUGAGUGCCACCAAACGAGUAAAGACUCCAGAGUUGGAUGCACCUGGAUCUGCCACCCCGCCCUGGGACUCUCUACCGGGGCCACCUUGGAGAGGACCCAGCAUGCCGUAGGAGCGUGAUAAGCCCGUAUUCCGUGGAGCAAUGCGCCCUCGGCACUCCAGGGAUCUCAAGAAAGAAGAGAAAGCUGUGGGCUGGAUGAGUCAGGAGCGACUAAUUGUUAAAAUUUAUGGAGCGAGCAGCCAGCAGCUCCUGAUUCACAUCCUACCAUAUUAGCAUCUUUCCAUGGCACCAAAAUCAUCCUGGGAGGCCUCUGAUUGGCUCUGCUUGGUCACGUGCUCACUCUGCCGAAGGUGGAGCCAUCAGAAACCCACGCCCAGAGGCAGCCUGAGGCCGAGUUUCCCCGGACUUUUUCCCUCGGCACCCGGAUCUAUGUCUGACUUGUAACUGCUUACGAAGACCACGAGAAUUCCUUCCCCAAGGCGGAGUGGCCCCCCAGCCCCGUGCAGUCCCAGCCUGCCUCCCACCGCCCAGCUGCCCGCGAUGCCCUCCAGCGGCCCCGGCGACACCAGCAGCUCCGCCCUGGAGCGGGAGGAGGACCGAAAGGAGGGAGAGGAGCAGGAGGAGGCACGCGGCAAGGAGGAGCGGCAAGAGCCCAGCACAACUGCACGGAAGGUGGGGCGGCCUGGGAGAAAGCGCAAGCACCCCCUGGUGGAGAACAGCGACACAAAGGACCCUGCGGUGACCUCCAAGUCCCCGUCCAUGGCCCAGGACUCGGGCUCCUCAGAGCUGUUACCCAAUGGAGACUUGGAGAAGCGGAGUGAGCCCCAGCCAGAGGAGGGCAGCCCCGCUGGGGGUCAGAAGGGCGGGGCCCCAGCAGAGGGAGAGGGCACAGCCGAGACCCCGUCCGAAGCCUCCAGAGCCGUGGAGAACGGCCGCUGCACCCCCAAGGAUGGCCGUGGGACCUCCGCGGAAGAGGGCAAAGAGCGCAAGGAGACCAACAUCGAAAACAUGAAAAUGGAGGGCUCCCGGGGCCGGCUUCGGGGUGGCUUGGGCUGGGAGUCCAGCCUCCGCCAGCGGCCCAUGCCGCGGCUCACCUUCCAGGCGGGGGACCCCUACUACAUCAGCAAGCGCAAGCGGGACGAGUGGCUGGCACGCUGGAAAAGGGAGGCUGAGAAGAAAGCCAAGGUGAUCGCAGUGAUGAACGCCGUGGAGGAGAACCAGGGGUCUGGCGACCCUCAGAAGGUGGAGGAGGCCAGCCCUCCUGCGGUGCAGCAGCCCACCGACCCCGCGUCCCCCACUGUGGCCACCACGCCCGAGCCCGUGGGGGCUGACACCGGGGACAAGAACGCCACCAAAGCAGCCGAUGACGAACCAGAGUACGAGGACGGCCGGGGCUUUGGCAUUGGGGAGCUGGUGUGGGGGAAACUGCGGGGCUUCUCCUGGUGGCCAGGCCGCAUUGUGUCUUGGUGGAUGACGGGCCGGAGUCGCGCCGCCGAAGGCACCCGCUGGGUCAUGUGGUUCGGAGACGGCAAGUUCUCGGUGGUGUGUGUUGAAAAGCUGAUGCCGCUGAGCUCCUUCUGCAGUGCUUUCCACCAGGCCACCUACAACAAGCAGCCCAUGUACCGCAAGGCCAUCUACGAAGUCCUGCAGGUGGCCAGCAGCCGGGCCGGGAAGCUGUUUCCAGUGUGCCAUGACAACGACGAGAGCGACACUGCCAAGGCCGUGGAGGUGCAGAACAAACAGAUGAUCGAGUGGGCCCUCGGGGGGUUCCAGCCCUCAGGCCCCAAGGGCCUGGAGCCACCAGAAGAGGAGAAGAACCCCUACAAAGAAGUUUACACAGACAUGUGGGUCGAACCUGAGGCAGCUGCCUAUGCACCACCCCCACCAGCCAAAAAGCCCCGAAAGAGCACAACGGAGAAGCCCAAGGUCAAGGAGAUUAUCGACGAACGCACAAGAGAGCGGCUGGUGUACGAGGUGCGGCAGAAGUGCCGGAACAUCGAGGACAUUUGCAUCUCUUGUGGGAGCCUCAACGUGACCCUCGAACACCCUCUCUUCAUUGGAGGAAUGUGCCAAAACUGCAAGAACUGCUUCCUGGAGUGCGCGUACCAGUACGACGACGACGGCUACCAGUCCUACUGCACCAUCUGCUGCGGGGGGCGCGAGGUGCUCAUGUGCGGGAACAACAACUGCUGCAGGUGCUUCUGCGUGGAGUGCGUGGAUCUCCUGGUGGGGCCAGGGGCCGCCCAGGCAGCCAUCAAGGAAGACCCUUGGAACUGCUACAUGUGCGGGCACAAGGGCACCUACGGGCUGCUGCGGCGGCGGGAGGACUGGCCCUCCCGGCUGCAGAUGUUCUUCGCCAACAACCACGACCAGGAAUUUGACCCUCCGAAGGUCUACCCACCUGUCCCAGCCGAGAAGAGGAAGCCCAUCCGGGUGCUGUCUCUAUUUGACGGGAUCGCCACAGGGCUCCUGGUGCUGAAGGACUUGGGCAUUCAGGUGGACCGCUACAUCGCCUCGGAGGUGUGCGAGGACUCCAUCACGGUGGGCAUGGUGCGGCACCAGGGGAAGAUCAUGUACGUCGGCGACGUCCGCAGCGUCACGCAGAAGCAUAUCCAGGAGUGGGGCCCGUUUGAUCUGGUGAUUGGGGGCAGCCCGUGCAAUGACCUCUCCAUCGUCAACCCCGCCCGCAAGGGACUCUACGAGGGCACGGGCCGGCUCUUCUUUGAGUUCUACCGCCUCCUGCACGAUGCGCGGCCCAAGGAGGGAGAUGACCGCCCCUUCUUCUGGCUCUUUGAGAAUGUGGUGGCCAUGGGCGUUAGUGACAAGAGGGACAUCUCGCGAUUUCUCGAGUCCAACCCUGUGAUGAUUGAUGCCAAAGAAGUGUCAGCUGCGCACAGGGCCCGCUACUUCUGGGGGAACCUUCCUGGUAUGAACAGGCCGUUGGCGUCCACUGUGAACGAUAAGCUGGAGCUGCAGGAGUGCCUGGAGCACGGCAGAAUAGCCAAGUUCAGCAAAGUGAGGACCAUUACUACUAGGUCGAACUCCAUAAAGCAGGGCAAAGACCAGCAUUUCCCCGUCUUCAUGAACGAGAAAGAGGACAUCUUAUGGUGCACUGAAAUGGAAAGGGUGUUUGGCUUCCCUGUCCACUAUACCGACGUCUCCAACAUGAGCCGCUUGGCGAGGCAGAGACUGCUCGGCCGGUCGUGGAGCGUGCCGGUCAUCCGCCACCUCUUCGCUCCGCUGAAGGAAUACUUUGCUUGUGUGUAAGGGACGCGAGGGCAAACUCAGCUAGUGACAGAGUCAAACAGACAAACAAAAAUCACAAAACACAACAAAACACCAAGAACGUGAGGACGGAGAGAAGUAGCAGCACCCAGAAGAGACAAAGGAAUUUCACAACCACAGAGGCGGAGAGACCGGAGGGCUUUGCCUUGUGGAAAGGGUUGGACAUCAUCUCCUGAUUUUUCAAUGUUAACCUUGAGUCCUAUUUAAAAACGAAACCGAGUUCCCUCCCCGCCCCGGCCCACCUUUCUCGGUCAAACCUUUUAUUUUCUACUCUUUUUUUUUUUUUUUUUCAGAGGGGUUUUCUGUUCGUUUGGGUUUUUGUUUCUUGCUGUGACUGAAACAAGAGGGAUUUUAUUGCAGCAAAAAAUCAAUAACAAAAAAAAAUAGUAACAAUACCUUGCAGAGGAAAGAUAAAGAAAGAGAGAUGGGGGGGAAAAAAGGAAAUUCUAUAGAAAUCUAUAUAUUGGUAUUGGAUUUUUUUUUUCUUUACUAUAUAUCUUUUCUGUUGUUGUUGUCUCUAGCCUGAUCAGAUAGGAGCACAAGCAGGGGACAGAGGACAGAGAGACACUGAGGAGGCAGAGCUCCCUCCCAGCCCCUGAGCUGUCUUGCCAGCACCAUUCCUGGCCAUGCAAAACAGAGCCCAGCCAGCAGCAGGGAGACGAGAACACCACACAAGACCCUUUUAUACAGUAUUUCAGGUGCCUACCACACAGGAAAUCUUGAAGAAAAUCAGUUCCUAGAAGCCGCUGUUACCUCUUGUUUACAGUUUAUAUAUAUAUGAUAGAUAUGAGCUAUAUAUAUAAAAGGUACUGUUAACUACUGUACAACCUGACUUCAUAAUGGUGCUUUCAAACAGCGAGAUGAGUAAAAACAUCAGCUUCCACGUUGCCUUAUGUGCAAAGGGUUUUAACCAAGGAUGGAGAGAGGGAGAUAGCUCAGAGGGGGGAAUCGUCAUCAAGGUGGGCUUUUGCACCCCCCUUGGUGUUCAGCGGGGUGAAGGAGAAUUUGGGAACAGCGCUUUCCCGCUUCUCCCUGCCAAAAAGUGGGGGGCGGGGCGGAGGUGAGGUGGCCGGGACCGUGGACAGCUGAGAGCGGGAUUCAUCCAGGAUCACGCAAUAAACCUUUUGAUUUAUUUCUGCUUUCAAAAAAAAAAAAGGAGACUCCCUCAGCAAGGUGGCAGGAGGAGGGGUCUUCAUUCCAAGUUUCUCACAUUAGCCGAUUCGAGGGCUCCUCGUGGUGGGAUCAGAAGUAAUCCAGAGUGAGGGCAGUGACCGUUCAAACCCCACCUGGAGCAAAUAAAAAAACAUACAAAACGUACUGGUGCUUUCCUGUCUAAAGUCGCCUUUUGUGUGUUCUUUUAUGAGGCCCCACCAUCCACCCUCUGCGCACAAGGUGGCUGCUGGCCCUGGAAUGUGAUGUUUUUGGUCAUCUCCAAAGGCUGCAGUUUUAUACUGGGAGGCUGAUGACACCUUUUGUUAUCCUUACUCUUAUGGUUCUGGUUACAGUUAUGUUUGUUUUCAGAUUUUUCGUUCAGAACACAGAAACCCAACCCCCCCCCCCUUUAGGUUUCAAACCAAGGUGCGGGGAGCAGGGUGCUUCUACGUGAGCUGAGCGGUGGCCCUGGUGCCCUGGCUCCCCGCCCCUCGGGCCAGGUGGGCCACCAGGCGCAGCUGGCAGCUGGGCGGCCGGGCAGUCCCCGCGGCCGGCCUUCCGGUGCGUCCCUCUUCUCUUCUACUUCCCCUCCUCCGGAGUCACGCGUGUCAGGGCUGGAGGGAGGCCCGGCCGUCUCUCUCCUCGUGUGUGUGUGUGUGAUUGGAGUGGUGUGUAUUUCUUUUCUAGUGCUUGGUCUGAUGAUAGCUGUGCUCUUACCUCGAGUCAGCAGCACCUGGAGCCCCAAGUGCGCGACACUUGGUUCCGCUUCCUACCGAGGCGAGCAGCCCGGCGUUGGCGGUAGGCGGGGACGGCACUGGCGGCUCCAGGGUGAGGGCCCAAUGGGCAGAUGCUUGCCUGGAUAGGUGGGGUGUAGAUAUGUGGCAUAUAGAGAUAUAUAUUUUAUAAUGGGAGGGGGGAUGGCACCUCCUGGGACCGGCAGGGCUGGGAGGUGUGCUGUCAAGCACAUGGUCCCAAGUUCGCAUCCCUAGAAACACAGCGCCUAUGGUCGUAGGCGCUAUAUAAAUACAUAGAUAGGGUCAUGUAUAAGAAAUAUUCUGUAGUGGGGGGCGGGGGGGGCGGGGGCUCAGGGUGCUGAGCCCCGGGCCCCACCGCGGCCAGAAGCCCCACGCCAAUCAGUCCCACACGCAUACACAGGAACAUUUCUGUCCCAACGCAUAAGGAGCGCACUCACCCGCGCGGCCGGGGCGCCCGGCGGCUCUCCCCAGGAUUCAGGACUUUGUGGAGUCGGCCCUGCAGCUCCUUACCUCUGUUGCCCUGAUUGCAGGUAGACUGUCAAUCCCAGAAGUUGCUAGGUGCUGAAGGCAGGACGAGGAGGAGGUUUUAUUUUAGCAGGUGCUCUCCUCUCGCAGGUAGCGUUCUCUCUCUUUUGCCCCUGGUGAUGUCAAAAGAUUCUUCUGUUAGCAACUGUGAUACUGACCUGCAACUCGAGGCACCAGUAAAGUCAGCCCUCAACUCCCCCUACCUAUUCUCCCCCCGCCGAAGUAAAAUUGACAUCCAGGUCUGUCUUGGCCAAGGGGCUUCCAUUCAAAAAAAAAAAAAAAUGGGACAGUGAACUUCAUGUUUGGAAUAAAGCAAAUUAGUAAUUGGUGAUCAAAUUAAACCGAGGCUUUCAAUCCCUUGCUCAAUUGCUCAGGAGUAAGCUCCCAGCCAGUAGCCAGUCUUCUGGUCCUUUUAGGGGUGCUUGGUUCUGGACCCCAAUCUCAUUUCCUUGUCAGAUUGGCUUUGAAGAUCACACCCAGCUGCUUCCUGCCAGCUCUGUGAGGUGGUGGCUGGUGGUGACGGUGGACCUCCAAGGGGGCUGGAGCAGCUAGGAAGGGGGAUAGCUUUGCCCCUCCCACUCUGGAGUCCCUGCAUGUAACUGGUGCUCACCCCGUCGUCCCCUGGUGCUCCAGCCAGCUCCAUCUCCCUGGCCUGGAGACCACCAGCACCGCUGUCGGAGGGCUGAGGGGAGGAGGGCUGUUGCGGGCAGUCCAAGGUGCUCCCUCCCCCGCUGGCCAGCACUCAGGUCUUCCCAGCUCCCAGUGCCAGGACAGUGUGGGCCUUCCUCCGCAAACACUUCCAGCAUCUCGGGCUCUCCUAGGCCUUUGUCCCCUGCUUAUGUGAAGGAGUUCGCUUUUCCCAGUGGCCCAAGCCCCGCCUGAGGGGUGGUAUGGGAAGAAUCUUGGUAGCCAAGGACGUGGCAAGCCUGAGGCUUAGCGUGGGCCGGCCAGCUUGCUUAGAGGAGGUGCGUUGUGGCUGAUCCUUAAGAGCACCAGCUCUCCCAGCCUAGCAAGCUGACCAGGCCCCAGCAUGGGCUAGGUGCCCCUCACAGGGUUGAACGUAAAUAAUCACCAGCUUUUCUUCCAGUGACCUGUGGGGUCAGUCCCACAGUAGAACUUGGUGGGUGCAGGGGCCCUUGGGACAGCGCCCUCUUGGCCAUGCCAGGUUACUCUUAAUCCACUUCCGACCCCAAGGGGAUCGGAAGCUUCAUUUUCAGGAAGCUUCUGGGGGCAGGGACAGGGCUGCCUUCCAAAGGGGUGCUGCGCCCCAACAGGCAGGGCGCUGGAGGGUUACGGUGGGGAUCCUCAUACUCGCAUGGAUGCGGCUGUGGGAGGAGGCCGUGGGACAGGAGAAACCAGAGGCCUAGGGAAAAUUCUGAAGUGUGUCCCCAGUGAGAUUCUCUUUCUCGGGAAGAGCCACUUAUCCCCGAAAGCAAGGGCUUCUAAGAGACUGAAGGUGAUGCCUCCCUGCUCACUGCAGGUGCCAGGUGCGGUGUGGUGCCAAAGAGGUCUGGGAGGUGGCAGGGGCUCCGGCCAGGGCCACAGGGCCCUUGGUCGCCCGCCUGGGGAGGGAGCUGGUCUCCGGCAGGCAGCUGCUGAGCCCCGUGGGCCUCAGGCGGGUUGGUGCUGACCCUUUUCCCCGUGGAUCUGACUUCAGGAUCUGGCAGGUGGUGGAAGUGUGUUACUGCCUGUUGUCGUCUCCAGACCCCAGAACCUUCUUGCUGUUGGACAUCCUGUUAGCACCCUUUGCAGAAGAGCUUCUGGGACAGGCCUGGGAGUGGCUGGCUGGUGGAGAUGCCCGUGUGAGUUCUGGU